GUAAAAAUAAACGAUCUUCGUUACGCUUCCGGUUGCCAGCCGUGGCUUGAUAAGUCUGCUGAGAAAGCGUGCGUGUGUUGGAGGUAUUUAGCGUCUCGUUAAAGGGGCUUCAGCAACAUGAACAGCGUGGGGGAAGCCUGCACGGACCUGAAGCGGGAAUAUGAUCAGUGUUUUAACCGCUGGUUCGCCGAGAAGUUCCUCAAGGGAGAGAGAAGCGGCGACCCAUGCACCGAGAGCUUCCGGUUGUACCAGCGCUGCGUGCAGAAGGCCAUAAAGGACAAGGACAUCCCGGUCGACGGACUGGACUUCAUGGGGCCCAACAAGGACAAGCCUGAGAGCUGAUGUCUUCACUGAGGGACCAAAAAGUCUUUUCUCACAGCACCGAACGGCCGCAUCGAGUCUGGGCCUACUGAGCAUGCGCACAGAAAGAGCUCAACCAGAACCGAAGUUGUUUUCUCUGCUAUUGGAACAAACCGUGCAUUCUGGAUUGAACUGCUGUCAGUUUUUUCUUUAAUUGCAUUAAAAAGCAUUUGGUUGUGCUCGCUGGACUUCGCAGUACACUUGCUUUUCAAACACGUCAUUUGGACCUUGUUUUUUCUUCACCUUAACCCCCCCCCCCCACACACACACACAUAUUUUACUCUUGAUGAACAGACUUCUCUGCAGCAAAACGGCGUGUAAUUUCUAUGAUAAGGCUGUGUUAAUAUUGAUGUUCAUUGCAAAAUAAAAUGUCUGCUU